UAAAUCUAUUAAAGAAAGAAAUACAGUGCAUACUGUAGAGACUUUCCCAAACGAAAGCAGAUCGUGGAUGGCUUCGCAAUCCAACGAUCCCCGCCUACCAUCGGCGGCGCGGCCGUAUAAGCCGCCGGUCGUCGCUCCACAAGAUCUCCCCGUCGAUUAUUCCGGCUUUAUCGCUGUUAUUUUCGGCGUCUUUGGGGCCAUGUUUAGGUACAAGGCGUGCUCGUGGCUGGCAAUCAUUUUUUCUGCUCAAUCGCUUGCUAACAUGAGGAAUAUCGAGAAUGAUCUGAAGCAGAUAACCAUGGCCAUGAUGUUCGGUAUCAUGGGGCUGGUAACAAACUACAUGGGGCUAGGACCUCGGUCAAACCCAAAAAGUAAGUAAGCGUGAUUUUUGGAUAUUUACGGGCAUAGCUUCCUUCUAAUCAAAUGCUUAAUCUUUGCAAACUUUUUUCCCCCGUUUAGCAAUGUGACCUCAAUUUACUUGGAUGAUGAGAUACUACACUUAUUUACCUUGUUUGCCUAUACGUACUCAAGUGCUGGAUGUUUUAGUAUCAUUUUUGUUAUGCAACACUCUUGCUCCUUC